AUGCUACAAUUCCCCGACCUUCCCAUGUUUGACAACAUGCAGUUAGUCCUCGGUGCUGCAGCUUCUCUCGGGGUAAUAAAUGGAUUGAAGAGUACGGUCCUGUUAUUACUAUUCGCUCAGGACUUGAGAAAAUCGUUAUCAUCAGUCAUCACUAAGCCAGUCAUUCCAUGCUAUCUUGUCAUAUCCAGGCUCGACGUUCUGUUGCAGGCCGCAGUGGAUACUAUGAAGAAGCAGGGCGCAUCGCUAGUCGAUCGUCCUCGCAUGGUUGCUGACGGAGAAAUGCUUAGUGGCGGCCUGGCAAUCGGCUUUACACACGCUGGGGACAAGCUGCGUCGGAUGGGUAGAGUACUUCAUACGCAUCUCCAGCCUAAAGUAGCUGAAGAGUAUCAGUCACUGCAGAUGUCACAUGCGAAGAAUGUAGUGCUUGACAUUCUUGAAGAUCCAGCCAACUUCAUGGAUCAUGCGGCAGUGAAGAAUUCGCCCACGUCUGCAACUGAUCCCGAAGUUAAAGAGGUUCGCCAGCGCUUCGAGAAAUUGCAUAUAGUCCUGCGCCCAGGUGCUUACUUGGUGGACUCGAUCCGGUGGCUCAAAUUCAUUCCUUUGUAUGGCCAAGAUUUAAGAAAGGAGUUUGAGACGAGCAAGAAACUCUACAGCAAUCAGCUGAGCCGCGUUCAACAACAAAUGAGAUCGAUCUGGCUUUUCUUGCUGGCAGCUUCUUCUCAGCUAGAUCUCAUUCGGUUUAAUAAUGUCUCAACCAAAGCACCGACCUUGGCUGACGAACAGUCCCUUCCUCGUCUGCGUGCCUUUAUCUCUAAGGCGAUGAGAUGGAGACCGUUUGCUCCUAAUGUUUGCAACGUUUACACUGUGGGACUUGGUCACCGGACGACUAAGGAGGUGAUCUGGCCUGAUCGUUGGAUUAACGACGAGGGUGGCCGGAGGGAUGAUCUCAAUUUUUUUGCCUACGGCUUUGGUCGGCGAUCGGUGUUUAUAACCUCGCUCCUCGUUCUUUGGGCCUUCCACCUCACUCUGGGUCCUACCAAGCCGCUGGAUGACACGGGGUACAUCAGUGGGUUGCCGCCAAAGUUCAAGCCGUGCAGCAUCGACUUUAAGACGAAGAUUCCGGAAGGGGGGCUGAAUCAAAAUACUGGACGAAGGCGUCAAGUUAAGGGGACGAACCUGAAUUUCGACCUUGAGCAUACUUCUAAUCUUUGA